AAGACAUUAAGUUGACUGCACAUCAUUUCAAAGAUUAGCUUUUUUACAACUAGAAAAAUAACUUUUCCAUUGUAAGUUCACAAAAUAAUAUACAACACAACAGGAAAUGUCUGGGUUUUUUAAAGAAGGAGGUGGCUCCAUAAAGCUUUCAGAUGCUGUUAAAAUAAAAGUCAGCAAACCACUUGAAACGCCACCAGGGUUUCUCCCAGUUUAUAUGGUUCACCUGGAAAAGAACAUGACAUUCAAUGUCGAUGGAUGCAAGAGUUUCAGUAUUGGAGAAGAGUCCAGUAAACCUAAUCGCACCAUAAUGCUUAUGGGCGCAACCGGUGCUGGGAAGACAACUCUCAUCAACGGGAUGAUCAAUUACAUUUUAGGUGUUAAAUGGGAGGAUCCAUAUCGCUUUAACUUAGUGAAUGAAACUCAGUCAACAUCACAAGCUCACAGUCAGACCUCUGAAGUCACUGUGUACAAAAUCAACCACCAGGAGGGAUUUCAAAUCCCGUUCUCUCUGACCAUUGUGGACACUCCAGGCUUUGGAGAUACAAGAGGCAUAGAAAGAGACAGAGAAACUGUAGAGCAGCUACGUAAUCUCUUCACUUCCCCACAUGGUGUCAGUGAAAUCGAUGCUGUGUGUUUUGUAGCUCAGGCUGCUUUAGCACGACUCACAGCAGCACAAAGAUAUGUGUUUGAUUCAGUGCUCUCAAUCUUUGGCAAAGAUGUGGCAGAAAACAUCAGGGUUCUGGUGACAUUUGCAGACAGUCAACGACCAUCAGUUCUAGAGGCGAUCAAUGCUGCAGGAGUCCCAUGUCCUAAAACAAAAGACGGACUGCCGGUUCACUUCAAGUUCAAUAACUCAGCACUGUUUGCAAAUAACAAAUCAGCUGUAGCAGAAAGCAUGAGUGAUGAUGAUGAUGAUGAUGAUAAUGAUGAUGAUGAAGAGGACUUCAAUCAGAUGUUUUGGGAGAUGGGGACGAAAAGCAUGAAGAGGUUUUUUGCUGCUUUGAAUAAAAUAGAAACCAAAAGCUUGACACUGACAAAGGAAGUCCUCAGAGAAAGAAAGCAGCUCGAGAUUUCAGUUGAGAAUCUGCAGUUGCAGGUGAAACUUGGGUUAGCCAAGCUUGAGGAGAUAAAAGAGACGAGGGAAAAAAUUAAAAACUGCAAGGCAGAGAUCAGCAGAAAUGAAAGCUUUGAGUUUGAAGUUUCUGUUAAAAUCCCUGUUCAGAAGGAUAUUUCGAAUCGUGGAAACUACAUCACGAAUUGCAAGCAGUGUCAUUACACCUGUCACUACCCUUGCCAGAUAGCAAAUGAUGCAGAUAAACGUGGCUGUGCAGCAAUGGGGCCAGAUGGAUACUGUACAGAGUGCCCAGGGAAAUGCAUCUGGAAUGUACAUUAUAAUCAGAAGUAUAAAUGGGUGUAUAAAGAAGUUAAAGAGAAACGAACAAUAAAGGAGCUGAGAAAAAAGUACUUGAAGGCCAAAGGAGAGAAGAUGACUGUUCAAGCACUGGUUGACAAACUGAAUGCUGAGUACGACUGUUUGCAGGCUGAGGUGGUGAAACUGGUGGAGAGAUCUGCAGAGUGUCUGAACAGACUUAAAGAGAUAGCACUGAAGCCAAACCCUCUGUCCACUCUAGAGUACAUCGACAUGCUUAUUGAAGGAGAGAAAUCUGAGGCUAAACCAGGCUGGAAGCAACGAGUUCAGUCUCUGAUGUCCAUGAAGGAAAAAGCAGAGCUCAUGGCUCACGUGGAGAAAUGUAAUUAAACAUUUCUUGAUGCUACAUCUUUGACAAUUCACAAAUAACAUAAGGUAAAUAAAGACAGAAGUAGCAUCAAAUAUUUAGAGGCAUUAAAUCUCAGCCAGCAACAGCAAUAUUAAGUAAUUUUAAGUUUUUACCACUUGUGCAAUUCUAAAUGUUUUUUUUUUUUACAGUUUAAUGCUUUAUCAUUUUUUUACAUCACUUUAGACAACAUAAAACCCAAAUAACAUACAACAGUGAUCACAACAUAACUGUUUUAUUUCUUCAUUCAAUUAUUUUAUUCCCUCUUAACUGUUUAUAAUGCCUGACACACACACUGUGUUCUCCACGUUUUAAACCUGCUUAAUGUUUUUAUGUCAUAAAAUGCAAAUAUCAUUGAUAUAAGAGAUUUUUAUUCUGAGUUACAUGUUAUGUCUAUUCUUGUAAUAGCCUGCUGAAUGAUGGUGACAUCAUUAAAUAAUAAACUUUGAUAAACUUGA